AUCUUCAUGUUGUCGUUGAGGCUUCUGUAAUUGUUUUUAGGCAUGUUUUGAAUUUUUUAAUAGUUGUUUAAAAUUAUGAAAGCAAUUCGCUAUAAUAGUUGUGAGUGUUUGUAGCUUAUUGAAGUGGAAUAACAUUAUAAUGGACCCUAGAAGAAGGAAUAAUACCGAAGAACAACGAUGUAUUCUCGGCCUGCAAGAUUUGAAAAUAUCAAACAAAGACGAAAAUGAUACUGAGCAGGCGCAAAGCACAACUACAUCCAAUAUUCAGAACAAAAAUCGUUCAGUUGGUGCGAUCGAGAGUUUUACUUUAGAGGGCAACCCGAAAGACCGUCAUGAUUACAGCUUCUAUGAAAGGUCAAACGUUAUCGCUGCAUCCAAAUACGCGACUCCAAAACGUGUUGAAACAAUAGCUUCAAUUAAUAAACGUGAUAUCAAUACUGCUGCUUUACCUGCAAGUCCUACACGCUCUAUUGAUUCACUAUCUCAGAGAUCGCUCAGUUAUCAAACAGAAGACUUGUAUGAGAUACCUGGUAACACAAGUGGCCCGUAUCAACCUCCAGUGUACGAAAACGUUGAAUAUUACGGUGAACAACAAUUGGCGCAGGCGCCAUUCUACCAUCACCUGUAUCAACAGGGUCCCCCUGUCGCGUCUGAUGGUUAUUACGACACGCGAUACAGUAAAGCACAACCCCAAGUACCUGUCAAUUCUAGGCCUAAGCCAAUAGUGUAUGAAAACAUGCUCUGCCAAGAUAAUGAUAAAAAUAAUGAUUACAAGACUCAGCCUAAUCACAACCAGCAUUAUAUGCAGCAGGGUUCAACUCCUGGUCCACAAGUGCCGAAUACAAAUAUUAACAAAAGUGUUUCACAUUUAAUACAGGAAAAAAAUAAAAUUGACAAAAUUCCACCUCCACCACCAUAUAAUUCUCAUCAAGACACUUGCAGUGGUGAUUACACAGUUAUGAAAUCUGCACCUCCCAAGUACACUGAUGUGGGUGCCCUGCUGAAACAUGACAAAUCUGUUGAUUUUAACAACAAAUCUGUGACAGUUCCGUCUACUGCAAUUUAUGCAUCAAUUGCUCCAAGUGCACAAAGGCCUAAAGUUAAUGUGGCUACAGAAGUUCAGACAAUAGUUCCACCUCCCAAGUUCUUUCAUCCUAAACCAGCAUUAGGUAAUGGAAUAGGGAAGGUAAAGAACUCAGUUGUAAAUGGUAGUUACAAUACUAGUUUAAAACCUCAUGCAAACAGAAUGCAGAUUGUUGAUGAAACAAAUGGUUCAGACUAUGUAUGCAUGACUGGAGGUACAUCCGUAUUGGCAGUAGCUGCUGCAACAAGAGAUAAUGUGUCGUUGGCAUCAGAAUCUUUAGGCUCAAGAAAUUUAACUUCAACUAGGACUUCUUUGUGUUCUCCUGUUCAAUCUCCUGCUCCUAGUCCUACUCCGAGCUCGGUUUCCCAAGUAUCCACUGGAUCGAGAGGUUCAGGUGGAAGGGGUAAGAGUUUGCUUCCCUAUAGCAUAACUCCUCCGCGACCACCCGGACCUAGUGAAGCUCAAAGAAAGAUUGAAGAAAUGACAAGACAGCUGGAAGAGGAGAUGGAGCGACAGGAUGAAGAAGGAGAAUACUUUGGUAUUUGCCACACCUGUGGAGCCGGGGUUACAGGAGCAGGUCAGGCCUGCCAAGCUAUGGGCAAUUUAUAUCAUACCAACUGUUUUAUAUGUUGCUCUUGUGGCCGUGCACUCAGGGGAAAAGCUUUCUAUAAUGUACAUGGAAAAGUUUACUGUGAGGAAGAUUAUUUGUAUUCUGGGUUCCAACAAACAGCAGAAAAGUGUGCAAUAUGUGGACAUCUCAUUAUGGAGAUGAUACUACAAGCAAUGGGCAAAUCAUAUCAUCCAGGAUGCUUUAGAUGCUGUAUUUGCAAUGAAUGCUUAGAUGGAGUUCCAUUUACUGUUGAUGUGGAUAACAAGAUUUACUGUGUGAAUGAUUAUCAUCGGAUGUUUGCACCCAAGUGUGCUAGCUGUGGUAAAGGCAUUACACCCGUAGAAGGUACCGAUGAAACAGUAAGGGUAGUCUCAAUGGAUCGCGACUUCCAUGUUGACUGCUACAUGUGCUGUGUCUGUGGGAUGCAACUGACGGAUGAGCCAGAUAAACGCUGCUAUCCUCUUGCCGGUAAAUUAAUGUGUCGUGCUUGCCACUUGUCUACAAUCGGGGCUGCUACAGGGCCAGGAAUGCCACCGGCACCACAUCUUUCGCCAGCCUCUUAUCAAUACAUGGGUUAAUAUUGUUACUAAUGUACCUAUUAUGUUACAAAUAUUUAUUUAUGAGAUUUUAAUUAUCAACAAUGCCUCCCUCAUGUUCUUUAAAAAUGAAGGUAUUAUUAAAUAUUGAAAAAGAAGUAGCUAUAUAUUUAAUGAUGUACUUGUGUUUUAGUAACUUGAAUUGCUCAAAAAAUAAGAGAUAAUCAUUUUAAGAUCAUGACAUUGCUUACACUAAUAAUUACAUUAUCUAGUUGUAUAGUCUUUAUUAAAUAAACAACCAUUCCUUGAUUGUCAAUAUUUUAAAAGUAAUAUUUAACGAUGUGGCUACAAUAUACAUGUGUAUAAUUUCAAUGUAAGGCUUAUUGUUAAUAAAUAAUUAUAUUAGAA